AUGUCUAGAAACUCUGAACUGAGGCAAUUACGAAGGAGAUGGUUUCUCCGGUUUGUAAACGAGCAAGAACCAAUGCAGUCUGUGGGAACGAAGAGGCUGAAACACACAUCUGAAAGCAAAGGUAAGUGGCUUUCUAAGGAUGUCAGUGAUGGCUGAUGCUCAUUUGGACUGGUGGGGCAAAAGUCAGGGCACCCAAAUAAGAGAUAGAAGGGCAGUUGUCAGGGGGUGCAAAAUUUCCACACCUGGUGCUGCCUUAGUACAGCUGCAUGCUUCUGUUGCUGGGCUCUAUUGAAAAUGGUUUCUCCAUGCAAACCAGCAAGUGACCUCUUCAGACAGCAGAAUGACUCUUCUUAUUUCUGCAGCUGCGAUCUCCUGGGUAGCACAGACAACGUUAAACAGUUGAAUGUGCAUGUGUACUCUGUCUGUUUCCUUCCCUCCAACCCCUGUCCAUAUGGCCCCAGCCACUGGCAACCUUUGCUAUGCCACUAAUAGGAGGUGAAGCAAAAGCCAACGACAGGCAGAGACCUCUAACUCCAGUUUUGCCCCCAGCCUCCUCCCUGCUGAGUUCUAUGAAGGCAACACUGGGAUUGAGGAAGAGGAAGCUGGAAGGCAGUGCUACCACUUGUCAUGUUUGCAAGUAAGAAGGUAGGAAGGUGGAGAUUGGCUUAGGACAAGCAGAGGUUAGUGAGUGAAGUAAUUGACUAACCACCAGUGAAUAAUAGAGAAGUGGAAAUUGAGAAAUGCACUAUCUAAAUCAGGCAUAGGCAAAUUCGGCCCUCCAGAUGUUUUGAGACUACAAUUCCCAUCAUCCCUGACCACUUGUUCUAUUAGCUAGGGGGGAUGGGAGUUGUAGUCCCAAAACAUCUGGAGGGCCGAGUUUGCCUAUGCCUGAUCUAAAUCAUUGGUGGUGAUCCUUUUGCCCUGCUAGAACUCCAACUCCCAUCAGCCCUAGCCAGCAUGGUCAAUCGCCAAGCAGCACCGCCUUGCGACUGGUUGCUAUUAAAAUUGCCAGGCAGGUGAGGGUUGGCUGAGGGCAGACUGAGAUUGGUGGGCAAUGCCUCAUUCACCCUAAUGGACUAGCCUCUCUUCGUAUCAGAUGAGACUGCUGCAGAGGUGUCAAAUCCAGUGGGGCUGAGCGUUUUUGCCCCUCCAAUAAUGUCUUUUUGGGGGGCAGACCCCCACAAUGUUUCCUACCAUCAGGGGGCGGAGGAGGCCAAGCACAGAGCUGAGUGUGGCUUCCGUGGCAGGCUCCUCCUCUUCCUGUCAUUAAAGGCUGCCGAGAGAGAGAGGAGAAGGAGCCGCUGUGCCCUGUGAUUAUGACUCUGUCCCCCUGGCUCCUCCCAAAACAACAUGUAACCUCGUGUGAUGCGUGUAUGACAUUACAAAGCAUGCCCGGCCUGUGUAACAGGUGUGAAAUCGCAUACAUGACCAGGCCCCCUCAAUCUUUGGUGCAAGUUGGUGCCUUUUCUCCACAGUCUCAGGCCCCAACAGCAGUAUACAUUUAAAGCAGUAUUGUACCACUCGGAACAGUCAUGGCUCCCCCUGAGAUCAUUCUAGGAAGCGUAGCUUGUUAAAGGUGCUGAAAGUUGUCAGGUGACCUUUGUUUCCUUUAAAGUAAAGGUAAAGGUACCCCUGCCCGUACGGGCCAGUCUUGCCAGACUCUAGGGUUGUGCGCUCAUCUCACUCUAGAGGCCGGGAGCCAGCGCUGUCAGCAGACACUUCCGGGUCACGUGGCCAGCGUGACAAGCUGCAUCUGGCGAGCCAGCGCAGCACACGGAACGCUGUUUACCUUCCCGCUGGUAAGCGGUCCCUAUUUAUCUACUUGCACCCGGGGGUGCUUUCGAACUGCUAGGUUGGCAGGCGCUGGGACCGAGUGACGGGAGCGCACCCCGCCGUGGGGAUUCGAACCGCCGACCAUGCGAUCGGCAAGUCCUAGGCGCUGAGGUUUUACCCACAGCGCCACCCGUGUCCCUGUUUCCUUUACAGGGCUGCAAUCCCUCAUCCCAGAGAACUCUGGGAAUUGUAGCUCCUUGAGGGGGAUACUGGGGGAGGCUCAGUUUAUCUGCAAAGGGGAAAAAUUAGUCCUGUGAAACACCACCCAAAGAAACAUACAGAAGCUGUCUAUAGCUUCCUCCUGCCUGCACCUUCUAACUGGGUUAUUGUGGGCGUCUGUUCGCGGUGUACGAACUUCCUAAUUGCACAUUUGCAAAUUGCUCCUUGUCUCAACAUCUUAUUUCCAGAGUUCUGCUUUUUCCUCGUAUAUAUAUAAUGUGUGUGUGCGUGCAUGUUCGCGCAUGUGUGCGCACAAACCUGGAACCAUACAAUUAUCUGCUUAUUCUGAAUCAAUCUGUGGAACACCAUCAUUCAAUAUAUUGACUGAAUUGUAUACUUGGGACACCUGUGCAAAUCUGGUUCCCCAACCAUAAGGAGAGAGCCUAUCUUUGUGUUAUUUCUUAGUGAGCAGAUCCUGCUUAGAAUUUGAAUGAGCACAUUUGGCUAGGGAGCAAAAAAAUUGAAUGGUUUACACCAUCCCAAAUAACACAUUCAAUGAUCAGGAACCUGUUGUCUGAACAGGACAAAAGUCACUACUACUCAACCCAACCUAACCCUACAAUUACUCUUAGCUUCAUGGCUUCAGGACGCACCCCCCUUUUAAAAAAAAUUAAGACAAAGGUGAGCAAGAGGAGACAAAGAGACAAAGGUGCAUACAAAUUAGGCAAGAUGUGGAGAAAGUGGAUAGAAAGAGUUCUUUCCCCCUCUCUCAGAAUACUAGUGGACAUCCAAUUCAGCACAGACAAAAAGACUUCACAAAGCACUAUGUAAUUCGCGACAACAAGAUGUGAUGAUGGCCACCAAUUUGGAUGGCAUUUAAAGGGGAUUAGACGAAUUUUUAAAGGGAUUAGACCAGCCUUUCUCAACCUGUGGGCCCCCAGAUGUUGUUGGACUACAACUCCCAUCACCCCUAGCUAGCAAGGCCAGAGCUUGGGGAUGAUGGGAGUUGUAGUCCAACAACAUCUGGGGACCCACAGGUUGAGAACUGCUGAAUUAGUCCAGUUAAAUGGCCAGUAGCCAUGACUGCUAUGUUCUACCACCACUGUCAGAACGCCAUAUGUCCUUGAAUCCUAGUUACUGGGAUUCACAGGUCCCGGUCAUACUCAGGUUCUGCUUGUAGGUGUCCCAUUUGGGCAUCUGGUCAUCAUCUGUGAAAACAGAGCGGUGAACUAGAUUCCAGCACCAUACAGUGGUUUAAAAGUCAUUCCAUCUUCUCAGGGAACUAAGAUCACAGGAGCUGGGACAGGAUAUACAUAUCUGGCAGUGAGGGUGGGGGAAACCCUUGCAUUUGCAAUCAAAUGUUCCAGUCUACAAUAUUAUUUCAAACACUGUGCUAUUUUCAUCUACUCAAGGCACUUACAUUGGAUGCUUCGGUGAUGAUUCCAGGGAGAGGACUCUGAAAGGUGCUGUGUUUUAUGACUUGAGAAAAAUGACUAUUUCUCACUGCCAGGAAGCAUGCUCUGAGAGGUAAAAUAUAUGUACAUCUUUCUCUAUAUAAAUAUAUUUGUGUCCUUCGUGCGUUUACAUCUCUUUACCAGAAUUCAAGGGAACUUCAAAUUCCAUUUGCUUAAGAAAGGAACUUACAUAUAUUAUUUCAUUUCAUUUAUUCAUCAGUUGCUUUGUUUCAUUGUUGUUCCUCCCACCUUUCAUGGACAAGUGAUCCCAGGGCAGGUUAUGCAGUACCACAAAAUCAAACAUCAAAACACAAGAAUAGAUCAACAAAACAUUAAAAAAGGAUAAAAUCUCCUUCUCAAUAUUGACACCCCUGGCCUCCAAAAUCAACACCCCUCUCUGUCAGUAAAAGGUAAAGGGACCCCUGACCAUUAGGUCCAGUCAUGGCCGACUGGGGUUGCGGCGCUCAUCUCACUUUAUUGGCUGAGGGAGCUGGCGUACAGCUUACGGGUCAUGUGACCAGCAUGACUAAGCUGCUUCUGGCAAACCAGAGCAGCGCACGGAAACGCCGUUUACCUUCCCGCCAGAGCAGUACCUAUUUAUCUACUUGCACUGGCGUGCUUUCAAACUGCUAGGCUGGCAGGAGCUGGGACUGAGCAACGGGAGCUCACCCCGUCGCGGGGAUUCGAACCGCCGACAUUCUGAUUGGCAAGUCCUAGGCUCUGUGGUUUAACCCACAGUGCUACCCGCGUCAGUAGCCUGGAGGAAAUGACAAGUUUUUAGCUGGCACCAAAACUAAGCAGUAACAUAUCCCAAAGAGAAAGGCUUUCUGCAACUGGGAGGUGGAAGGGAUGGUGGUGGUGUCGCCAAGACCAAGACUCUUUCUUGAGUGUUUCAGCUAUGAGCAUCACUCAGAGAUGGGUGCUAGCCUAUGCACCUCUGAAAAGCAGGUGGGGAGAGCAUUGUUGUGCUCAUGGACUUCUCUGGUUGGUGACUGAGAACAGAAUGCUGCACUAGAUGGGCCCACUGGUCUGAUGAGCAGAGCUCAUAUUUUGUCUUCAAGCCUCAGCAGGACAAUCCUGGUAGAGGUAUUCUCAUUCAGAUAACUGGGUCUUAAGUCUUGUAGGGCUUUAGAGGUCUUCACUAUAACACUGAACUAUCCUCCAUAGCACGCAGACUCUUCAAAACAAAUGCUACAAAGUUCCAGCUGGCUGAACCAAUCAGGACAUUUUCAGCCACAUUCUGUGCCAGUUGAAGCUUCCAAAGCAUAAGAUCAUAGAAUUGUAGAGUUGGAAAGUGCUCUGAGGAACAUCUAGCCCAAUCCUCUCCCUGCAAUUCAGGAAUAUGCAGCUGUCCCACACAAGGAUCAAACCUGCAACCUUGGUGUUAUCAGCACCAAGUUCUAACCAACCGAGCUAUCCAGAGAAUCUCAUCUUUAAGGACAGCACUGCAUACACUAUGUACAGCUCUGAUAUAAAUUAAAUGCCAUGAUGUGCUGAGCUGAAGUUUGCUACAAAACUGCUGGAUUUUACAGCGAGGGGGUUUGUUUUGUCCCAUCUAGGGCUUACACCUAUGCUGGCUUGGAGUAUGGAGCCGAAUGCUAUUGUGGAAACAAGUUGCCCACGACUUUGGCAAAGCAGGAGGAGUGCAACAAUGAAUGCAAAGGAGAGAAAGGAACCAUCUGUGGAGGCAUCAACAGGCUAUCUGUUUAUCGUGUGGAGGAGCAGCCAUGGGCUGGACCAAAACGACGUAAGUGAUGUAAGGCUCUUAAGUGAGUAUUUGCUACCAGAAGGGGUGGGCAGCAGAAUGCCUGCUCCCCUCGUGUCUUCCAUUACAAUGACAGCAUGGAUCAGGGACGACAUGGGGAUUCUCCUUCCGUUGCAGGCAGUAGGGACUGGUGCCCAGAAGGCAGGGAGACCAACAGCAGGGGGAGACAGAGACAAUGACAGGCAGAGCUGAGUAAUUCUAGUUUAGCUCCAUCCUCCUCCCUGCCAAGUCCUGCAAGGAGGAGGAAGAGGGUGACAGCCACUGCCACCCACUGGUCUGGCUGCAAGUAAAAAGGCAGCAGGUGGAGGCUGGCUAAGGCAGUGCCCCACUUCCCAUAAUGAAUCAGCCUCCACUCAUUGGAGAGAUUCCCAUUAUAUUUGUUUCAUGCUCCACGGGCCUCCUUCCACCAGAGAGCUGACAAUUUUCAUGAGUCUGGUGGCAGGUCCAUCAGAGAAAGGAAGAAUUCAGCACUGUUCCAGAUCCACACUCUUACACGUCCACAGCCAGUCUCUGGAAACCCCUGGCCCUAUGUUUCCAUUGCCUACCAUAGCUGCUCAUUUCCCUACCCUCUCUGAGCACACAAGCAGUGAUAUGAAAGGGGAGAUAUAGCCGUUUUCUUCCCCAGGGUUGUUUUGCUAUCUGUGUGCCGUGUACCUAUAUGAGCAAAUUCUCCACUGGCAGAGCCAGGUGGGGCCAGACAGUUGCUCUGCAGAGAAUCCCCUUUGCUUUAACUGUGGUAGAAGGCACCAAGUUCAGAGGGACUCAGUGUUUGGGUGGCUUUAAAAGAGGAUUAGACAAAAUCAUGGAGGAAAAUAAGGCUAUCAUUGGCUACCAUCCAUGAUGGCUAUGUUCUACCUGCAGAGCAGAGAGUGCUCUUCUGCUCAGGUCCUGCUUGUGGGUUUCCAACAGGCACCUGAUUGGCCAUCAUGAGAACACAGUGCUGGACGAUGGACCAUUGGCUUGAUCCAGCUGGUUCUUAUGACAUCUAGAAAUAGUAUUAAGAUUUCAAACCAUCUUUUUAAGAUGACACCAUGGAAAAACAAAAACAGGGACAACGUCAGGAUAGUGAACCAGGACAACAAUCUACCUGGGACAGACCAGAAAACAUUUCUAGUCUCUGGUUAAAAAGCAACAGUUGACACCUAUGCAGUUCUGUCUGAGAACUAGGCCUGUGUCCAUAGUCUAUGACUUGCCCUGUGUGCACAUAACUUAAAGUGCGAUGAUACGAUGGGCAGAAAUGAGCAUCCUCAAAAUCACAGUUGGAUGCUGAGAUAGAAACAGGCACUCUCUGCUGCUGGCCCCAGUCCUUUGCAUUUGGUAACAAAAGGGACGUUCUUUCUGAAUGUAGAGGCCCCAGCUCAUAUGCAUUUGAAAAGAAUUCCAGGAGAUGUCAAACUGCAAUCUUACUGACCGCUCAUUUGCAAAGUGUCACUGCCCUUGCAAAACCGGUUCAUGAUAAGUUCAUGGUGAUUUUGGAGGGCACCUCUGUAUUUUUCCACCUCUUCCCACUGGGGAAGGAAUUGGUUCUCAGCUUAAGAUCAAAGCAGGAGCUGGCAUGCCUUCUUGUGAGCUUUCAUUCUCGUAUUCCUGCCUCUGCCUCAAAUGCAAGAGGUGGACUUUGUUUGUAGAUCGAAAUCUUGCUGGAGUGUCAGUAAUCCAGAGCUUCAUUUCUUUGGUUCCCAUGGUUACAGGGACUCUUUAUAAGCAGCAAGAGUGAAGCAAAGCAAAUCAGUGGAGCUGAAUGGAAAGACCAUAACGGGGGUAGAGGGAACAAUGGGGGGUGCUGAUUCACAUUGAGGGGGUCAGAAGCCAUCCCUAGUUCUCAUGACACUCUCCAUCUUCUUCUUUUUUAAAGAAUAAUUUUAUUAAGUUUUCAAUUUUACAUUUCCAGAUAAACAUUUUACAAACUUAAAUAUAUCCAGUGACUUCCCUUCUUCUCCUUCCAUGGUUCAUUUUACAUAUCAUACACCAUAUUUUGCUAUAACUAUUCAAAUCAGUUUUCCAUUUUUACAUCCAUCAAAAAUUAUUUGUUCAAUUUAUCUUAGUGCUGCCAGCAUUUUCAGCUGUGUAUACAGUUAUUUUCCAUAUAUUCAAUAAAUGUUUUCCAAUCUUCUUUCAAUGUAUGUUCUUCUUGCUCUCUUAUUCUUUUUGUUAAAUCUGCAAGUUCUGCAUAUUCUGUCAAUUUAAGUUGCCAAUCCUCUUUAGUUGGGACCUCGCUCACUUUCCAUUCGGGGCUAACAAAACACGGGCUGCAGUUGUUACAUACAUAAAUAACCUUUUCUGACACCUAGGGAUUUCAGUCUGUGUUACUCCCAACAAAAAAUGACUUUGUUUUUUUUUGGGGGGGGGGAAGUACUUUUAAACAUUUUUUCCAAUUCAUUAUAAAUCAUUUCCCAAUACUUUUACCUUUUUACAUGUCCUUUGCCUUUGAUUAUAUGGAUACCAUCACCAAACAGGACAAAGGAAUUCCAAAGGAUUUGGGGAGAAAAUCAAUCUUGCUUGCAUUUUAAUGUGAAAACACCUGAUUUGCACUUCUCAAAUCAUCACACACCCCACACACCCCGUCCUUCAUAAUCUGCACUUCUCCAAAUUUGGCAAUGCAGCUCUGCAGCUCAACUUGGGGCUUGAACCCACAACCAUGGGCUUAAAUGCCACAUGCUCUGCCAAUUGAGCUGCAUUGGAAAGUGCAAAUUAGAUAAACUCACCUUUAAAUGUGAACUGAAUUUAACUUCUUCCCCAACCCUAGCUUCACAAUCUGUAUGGGAUUGUUUUGUCUGGGCGGUUAAGCGUUCCAAGUAAGUCUUCCAGCUCGAGUUGGUCAUUGGGACAUCCUGAGAAGCUUCCAGACUAGAAUGGAUCUCAUCCUGACUAUGACUGGUUCUCCUUUCCCAGCUGCCACCCAGCACGGACAUUGCUUCUUCAUUGAAAACUUGGAAUUCAACUCGUUUUUGAAAGGUUCCCUUCCUCUCUUUUCUUACAUUCCUUUAGACUUCAUGUGAGAUGCAACUGGGAAUAAAAACGCCUUUGAUUUGUACAGCACAUCUCAGCCACUGAGUCAUAUAGACUCUUCUCAAACUUACAACUCCCCAUGGAUGCUAUCUGUGGGAACGGAACAUUAGAAUUUUAACUCCUAGCAGCAAAGAUGGUGUUUCAUUGCUUUUUUAAAAAACAGGUUGUUUAUUAAUUUAUUUUUUUUAAAAAAUACUAUUAUGCACGCUGCAGAGACUCACACAAAUCUUGGAAAGAUUUCUGGAAUUUGCAUCAUUGCUGAACUCAGUGCUAUCUGGUUAGAUAUUUAAAUAAACAAUUUCAAGUAUUUUUUUUGGGGGGGGUAGUAUUGUUCUAUGAAUGAGUGUUGUCUUCUUAUGGACCAAGAUGGAUUUAAAAAUAAAUGCCACCAUGCUGGGUGGCUGAUGACAAGCACUACCUAGAAAUUGUUGAGAUGAGAAGAUGGAAUAGAUAUAAGAAAUUUCACCCCUUCCUCUUACCUAGCUCUCCCUACCUUUACCAUCAUAGACUUCUCUCUCCAUUAUCCCUAUUAUAGGGGUGCCUGUAUUCCACUCCCCUUCUGCAUAUCUUGAGGCAAGGAAAAGGAGACCCAAUACCUGGCUGGCAAAACCCAGUAAAUCCACCAGCUCAAGGAGCAGCAAUGAUACAUAUUGUAAUACCCUAGCCAGCUAAACCACCCAAUCAAUAUUUCAACUGCAAUGUACAAUGUUCAUUCAGCAGGUGCUUAAUAUAACCAUAUAUUCCGUCAGACAGCAGAAGCAUCAGGCGCAAGUGAUGACAAUAGAAGAUAAAGAACAAAAUAUCAACAUAUCAAAAUUCACCGCGCUUCAGAGGCUGGCAUAUUAUCCCUCUGAAUUCUCACUCAGAGUGAAACCAUAAUUCAAAACUCUCUUUUCUUCUCACAUUGGAAGAUGACAAUGCCACCUCUGAAUGCCCACCCUUGAUAAGCCCCUCCCCUCCCCUCCCUUUGGCAGGAAUGACCAGCGGCACAAAUUUAAAAUGGGGCAUAGCUGGCCUGCCAGUAGUACAUGUGAAAAGGGAUCUAGGGGUCUUAGUAGGCCACAAGCUUAACAUGAAUCAAUGGUGUGAUGCAGCAGCCCCCCACCCAGCCAAAUAGCUCAUGCAAUUCUAGACUGUAACAGAAGUACAGUGUACAGGUCAAGGGAAGUCAUAGUCUCACUCUGUUCUGCCUUGGUAAGACCAGAACUGUGUCCAGUUCUGCAUGCCACAGUUUAAGAAGGAUGUUGAGAAGCUAGAAUGUGUUGAGAGGAGGGUGAUCAAUAUGAUGAAGGAUCUGGAAACCAAGCCUUAUGAGAAAUGGUUGAGGAAGUUGGGUAUAUUUAGCCUGGAAAAGAGGAGAUUGGGAGGAGAUAUGAUAGCCAUCUUCAUAUAUCUCAAGGACUAUCACAUGGAAGAUGGAGCAAGCUUGUAUUCUGCUGCUCUGGGUGGUAGGACCUGAUUCAGGUUACAAUCAAGGAGAUUCCAACUAAACAUCAAGAAGAGCUUUCUGAUGGUAAGAGCUGCUUGGCUGCGGAAUGGACUUACUUGGAAGAUGGUAGAUUCUCCUUCACUGGAAGCUUUUAAGCAGAGGUUGGAUUGCCAUCUGUCAUAGAUGCUUUAAUUGAGAUUCCUAUAUUACAGGGGUUGGACUAGAUGACCCUCAGGGUUCCUUCCAGCUCUACAAUUCUUUGAUUCUAUUAUUCUUUCUCUCUUGUACAGCAGGGAACCCCCUUUCCAGGAUAGUAUUUACUGUGCACAUGCAGACAUCACCUAAGAACAAGCAAAAAAUGCUUCUUCCCUCCCCAUCUGGACGACUGUUUCACUCCUAUGCAGAUCUAAUCAACAACUUAAUUGAAUUAAUCAAUUUAAAUGCAUACAAUCGCUUGACUAAGAUUUCUUUAAUUGCGGACUAGAACUCCCCCACUUUCUCCUCUGAAACCAAAUCUUUUUAACUGUUUCAGUUAAGAGAUGGCGAUUUUGACUAAGCUUCUGCCAAUGAUUUUCCGAGCAAGCACCCAGGAUGGAUUGAGAUUUCAAUCCUCGCUGUCAUCCUCUUCUUUACAUGGUCACUUGCUGGAUCACAGCUGAGCCUCAUCUGAUUUAUUCCUCCUCCUGAGGGAGGAGAGGUGGAAGGAAGGCUGUACCUUUUCUCCCAAGAAAACCCCCAGAAAUAAAGCUUGCUGGUGACCCAAUGCAUAUCAGUUUGGGGGUGGUCAGCAACCACCUUUGUUCUUGAGGUCCAGGGACAAGGGUGGAGAAUUGGGGGGGGGGGGUCAAGGCAUGGUUCAGAAUGUGGUCAGGGCCUUAGACAUCAGAUCUGUGAGACUCCAUAUGGCUUGCUUAUCGAACAUUCAUCCUUUUUUAUUUGCCCAAAGCUGACAUGGGAGAUAAAAUUGCAUCCAGCCUUUAUGGAGCAUUCAUUCUGAAUUGUUUGUGUGAUUUGUUAUGUGUCCAGUAGUCAUCCCUAUUUGCCUGCAGGGUGUUUCCACAUUUCCCUGUUACUCAUUUGUUAAUCCCAAUGCAUUGCCCCAUUACUUUCCUAACCACAAAAGACAAUUCCCCCCCCCUUUUUAUAAAAAAAGCUAAUUUGUUGUUCUAGGGUGACAGCACUGCUUAAUCCAUUUUAACUGCCCAAGCCUAAGCUGUCCAUGUUCUGGCAACUUCUCCUUUGGACUACUGUAAUAUGGGGCUGCCCUUGAAGAUGUCCCAUAAUGCAACUGAUAGGCUGGUCAAUGGGGCAGCCUGAUGGGAGCAUGUGUCAGUGGUCCUGAAAGCACUGCAUAUAAAGUCCUAAAUAUCUUGGGACCUGGGUUGGGACCAUGUCAGAAACACAAAUGUAUCCAUAAGAACACAAAAAGAGCCCUCUGGCAGUGUUGUAGCAUGGGGGGGCACAGGCGAGGUUGCCCCAGAUGCAAAAUUGUUUAGGGGGUGCAAAAUUUCAACACCUGGUGCUGCCUUAGUACAGCUGCGUGCUUCUGUCGUUGGGCUCCACUGAAAACGAUUUCUCCAUGAAAACCAGGAAGUGACCUCUCCAGACAAUGGAACGACUCUUCUUCUUUUUUUCCCUCUGUAGCUGCGAUCUCCUGGAUCACCUGGACACCAUUAGGCAGUUGCAUGCGCAUGCAUUCUCUGUCCAUUUUCUUUGCUCUCUCCAACCCACCUUCUCUGUUUGGCCCCAGGUGCUAGCAACCCACGCUACACCACUGCCCUCUGGAUCAGAUCAAUGGCCCAUCUUGCCAUCACAGUAGCUGAACAAUUGCCUUUGGGAAACCAGCAAGCAGGAUUCAAGCACAAGAACACUCUCCCCUCCUGUGGUUUCCAGCAACUUGUAUUCAGGAACAUUGCUGUGGAGGCAGAACAUAUCCAUUUGGCUAGUAGCCAUUGAUAUCUCUCUCAUCCAUGAGUUUCUUUAAUCCUCUUUUAAAGCUACUCAUGUCAGUGACCAUCACUGCCUCCUGUGGGAGAGAGUCCCAUAGUUAAACUAUGCGCUGUGCAUAGUCCAUCUAACAAAUAUGAUCGGUAUUCUUGGUUGCUGUUGCUUUCAGUCUUCAUACAAUAUGUGACCAUCACUGUGUUUCCUUUGCAUUGAAAUGAAUGGGGUUGGAUGAUGUAUUGACCAUGCAAUUUAUGUAAGUUACAUAAUUACUUUUUCAAAUUGCAUCAAUUACAUAAAUUUGCUACAGUGGGCAGCCAGGUAAAUAACAUAGUUUUGGGCAGAAUAGGAACUGUAGCAGACUGGAAGCAAUGCUGCAUGUGACAAACACAGUGUGGGAUUAUGGUCAUCUGAUACCUCUGUCAGUAGAGUAUGAGACUCUUAAUCUCAGGGUCAUGGGUUUGAGCCCCAUGUUGGGCAAAAGAUUCUUCAACACAGGGGGCUGGACUAGAUGACCCUUGUGGUCCCUUCCAGCUCUACAAUUCUAUGAUCUAUGCAUGCAAAGUUAUGCCUUCUUACAUCCCUUACAGAAAUAUGCAGUUGCUCUGUGAGGGACCUCAUUAUUAUUUAUGUUAUUUCUGAGUUUAUUUUGGCACAUCCAGGGCUCUGAGGCUGCCGUUUAUGAAUAGCAAAAUUAACAUAAAGUAACCAUGCAAACUAUAUGAAUGUGGCAUUUAAAUUUAAAAGGCAGGGUUGGUUUGGUCAGAUGACCUCUGAGUUGCUUCCAGUUCUUUACAACCCCAUGAAUCUACGAUUCGGCCCACAUGUUCCUGUCUCUUUGGCUGCCGCAGCAGAAAUCUAUUUUAGCUCCUGAAGGUUGCAUAUAAUCUCUCUGGCUUGGAAAAGAAUGAAUAUGAGAAGGUGCUGUGGAUGGAGUAGUAACCAAACACACCCGCACAGCCCCGGAAUGGGGCUCCCUGAAGGUGUUUCAACAACUCAUUGAAAUUCCAUUUUGUUCCUGGUGCAGCUCAUGAAAAGCUUUGUAGAUUUUUAUCAGAGCUUUCAAAGCCUUGCAGGGGAAAGUCAGGAGGGGUGGGAGGGAAUCUUCAAAAGAAAACCAAGGCAUGAAAACAAUAGCAGAGGCCUCCUUGGGGGAGGGGGGAUGUAAUUUCAACUCUUCUGUGCUAAGGCACACUUUAACAGCCAGGACUCCACUAGAAGCUGUGUGUUCAUUUCAGCAGAGCAAAUUUUCUCACUUUCCAUCUCAAUGCCAAUUAUUGCAUCCAAAUAGUGAAUGAGAAUAUAUAUUCUGAAACUAAUAUUCUUCCCUGUGAUAGGAAGAGGCUGCUACGGUUGUUGUUUCUUGAGAGAUAACUAUUUCUUAUCCCUGCAGGGCAGAAUAUUAUCUAUCGAGGGUGUUUCAGAGCACCAGAGAAUUUAACAAACACCUUGCCGGUCUCUUUGAUACACGCCAAUUUGACAGUGGAGAUGUGCUCCGAAUUUUGCUCCAAGAAAGUAAGGACAGUUCCCUUUCUUUUCUUCUCCCCAUCCCUUCAUCUGAUUUUCAUCAGUUUCCUAGCGCCUCUGGAGCCUGAUACUAGGAAAAGAGAGAGGGAGAGAGAGCGCUCUGAGGUUCUGGGGUGGGAAAUGCGUGUAUAAUUGCUUUUUAGAACCAUAGCUGAUGAUGCACAUUUCAAAGGAAAUCAGAUUUCUGUGCUGCUUUUCCUCAGUGACACCUAACAACUUUGAAUUCUGGCAGCUUUCAAAAGUUUCAGCAUCCAGAGGUAUUUCAGCUUAUAUUUCCAGUACAAGUUUCUAGACCUUGUGAGUGCAGAGAAGGGGCUGAAAGUGAUGGAUCUUUCCCAACCAUUGCAUUCCCGCAGGCCACCUAGCUCUUUGGCAAUGGAAGCUGAGCUGUUCCAUUUUUAUAUCAACCUGUCCAGUGCUUAGGGGGGGUAUUGUAUAGAUGCUUAUUGGAGAAUGUGGGAGGGGGGGAAUCCCAAGCCUUGAAUACUAUUAUGAUGCUUGCCAGCUUGGGCAGAUGGUUUCUCUCAUUGUAGAAAAUGAGUGCGCACCAUGGGUAAAAAUGGAAAACGCCGCUAUAGAUGGAACUCUGUUGAGUGUUUACCCAUUUUGGAAACACAAUUUUCAAUCUUUGACAUGGCUAGCCAAUAGUUUUCAAAGCAUUUUGAGGGAAAGAAAUCACUUGCAUCUGCUGGGACAUUGACUCCAUGGUUACAGCAGAUGAAUCUUGAGAGGUUUCCAGAGCGCUGCCUAGUCCUGUUGUGUUUGAUGUGUUUCAGUUAGUAAGGCUCGAGGAAGUGGACAAGGUUCUUAGAUUGGUCAGAGUGACCACUUGUGCUCUGGACCCUUGCUCCCCUUGGCUGCUAAAAACUAACAGGGAGGGGACAGCUGGCUGGGCCAGGGAGGUGGUUAAUAUGUCCCUGCGAGAGACAGUGGUCGCUGCCGGCUUGAAGGAGGCAGUGUUGAAACCACUCCUCAAGAAACCCUCCCAAUACUUGGAAAAUCUAUGCAACUACCAGCCAGUUGCUAAUCUUCCCUUCUUGGACAAGUUUCUUGAGCAGGUGGUUGCAGAACCAGAACCAGGCACUCUUGGAGGAAACUGAUUUUCUAGAUCCAUUUAAAUCAAGGUUUAGGCCUGGCACUGAAAAUGUUUUGGUUCCCCUGUAUGAUGACUUCUGUUGGAAGAGAGAAGGGAAAAAGUGUCCUUGUUAAUUUCCCCUGACCUCUCAGUGGCUUUCAGUAUCAUCAACUGUGGUAUCCUUCUGGAGCGGCUCUCUGAAUUAGGGGUGGGUGACACCACUUUGCAGUAGUUCUGGUCCUACUUGGAAGGCCGUUUCCAAAGGGGAAUGCUUGGGGAGUGUUCUUCGGCCCCAUGGAGCCUUCAAUGCAGGGUUCCUCAGGGCGCAGUUUCGUCCCUCAUGUUGAUGAAACCAAUGAGCGGGGUCAUCCAGAGCUUUAGUUUUCAAGCCCUGCCCCCCUCUUCUCCUUUCUUGGGACUCCUAUUUAAUUCAGAUGUGGGCAGGAGAGCCCUUCAACCAGAGGAAUCCUUUGAACAGAGGGUUGUAUUCUGACAGCCAAUAAAAUAGAGCAAAGAUAGCCAACAUGGUAUGCUUCAGAUGUUAUCCUAGUUCCCACAAACGUUCCCAUUUGAUCAUAAUUUCUCCAACAUUCUCCUUCAAUGCCUUCACUUAUAAAUCAGAAGAAGAUGCUUGGUGUUAUUUGUUUUGUGGAAAUGAGCUGUUAGAAAUCCUCUCCGGAGCUGAAAAUUGCUCUGCAUUUUCCAAAGCAAAGCCAGGCUGCUCAAAUCAUAAUAUUGUAAAUAAAGCAGCAUUAUCAUCAAAAAUUCUCAAAUCAUUGGGUAAAAUGUGCAGAGAUGUGACAGUUUAAUAUGCUUAAAGAAAGAAAACAUUACAGUAAGUUGAGUGAGCAAGCUUCUUUUGAUUAUUGCAAAUGCCAACAAAUUAAAGUCAACGACAUUCCAGGCAGAGAAAGUAUGCUUUUGUUAUGUUUCAUUCUCUAAAUUGGUGUCUGAGAUGUUUUAUUCUCUAAUUUGAUGACUGAAAUUUCAAUCUGUAUACUCAUUUGGAUCUAUUUUUCCUUGCAUUUAAAUGCCGUGACGGCCUAACUGCCUAAUUCAGGUGGAAGUAAGUCAGAUCCACUAAAAAUAAGUCCAGAUAGGACAAUUAUUGUCAAGGGAAUUCAGUUCAGUUCAUGGCAGUGCCGGUGAGCAGCAAUCAGGACCAUGGUUAGCUCCAAGUGGGCACCGCUAGCUGAGCUACAGAAAUAUGUUGUUUCAGCAAAGGAAGUCUCACCUGAAUGUUCAAAAGGUGGCCUGCAUCCCUGUCUACAAUCCUUAAAUGACCUGCAUCUGGUUCUGUAGUCACAUGUUUCUCUGUGGCUGUGGAGCAGGUUAAGCUCUCAUGUAUGAGUUGCAUCCCCAGGCUGUCAAGGGGUAGAAGGGAUUGUUGUGGGUUUCUGCCUGAGUGAAGUGUCCUGUGAUUCACCCUAAACUGAAUCCUCCUCAGGAGCAUACUAGAAUGCAGGGGGCAUGACAGUUAGCUACCACCAUUCAAGGUGCCUCUGUUGACCAGUACAGCUUUUUACACUUGUGGUCUGGGCUAUAUGUAUAAAGCACCUGAGUAUCUAAUGAAUGCCCUAAUGCCCUAAUGGACCUGCCUAGUCCUUUUGCAUCAUCAGAAGCUCUUCUCUAGGUGAUAUGGCCUUCUAGGGAUCAGGGCCUUUUCUGUAGCAGUGCCUCAUUGUGGACCAGCCACAGCUAGGAAUGCUUGAACAUGCCUGAGAUGCAUCUCCUGGAUUCAUAUGCAAAUUGAAAUAUGGUUGUCUGCAGAAUACACACCCACAACAAAUUAUUUAAGGUGCUCCCCCUUUUUAAAAAAACAACUACAACAACAACAACAGGCAAUAGCUGCCUGAAGAGGUUCCUGCCCUACACAUUGAAUACUGGACUGCCAAUGCCCCCGGAGAACCAGGGAACAAGCUCCAUACUCAGUGCUAAUUUCCUAAGAAAAUGAACGCCUCCCUUGCUCUCUUAUAAUGGCAAUGACACACACCUGAGAGGUGCUGGAACUGAGUUCCAGUGAGUUCCUACUGAAAAAAAGCUACCACCACCACCACCAUUACUUCUACCCCACUUUUUCCCCUGACAAGGACUCAAGGUGGCAUAUCCAAGCUAAUGGUCAUCAUUCCCUCUUGCAGGACGAAAUCCCCAAAUUUAACUCCGUGUUGCACGAAGAAGGCUUUCUUUUGUCUGUCCUGAAUCUUCCAACACUCUGCUUCUUCGGAUGAGCCCAAUUUCUAGUGUUAUGUGAAAGCGAGAAAAAAACCACACCUCUCUCUAUCCACUUCCUCAUAGAACCAUAGAAUCAUAGAGUUGGAAGGGACCUGAGGUUUAUCUGUUCCAACCUAUAUCCUGUCCAUUCUUAUUUGCCUUUUCUUUUCUAAACUAAAAAAAGCUCCAGAUGGUGAAACUUUCUUCAGACAGGAGCUCCCACACCCCUUGAUCAUUUUGGCUGCCCUUUUCUGAAGCUUUCACAGCUCUGCAGCAUUAUUUUUGAGGUGAGGUGACCAGAAUCUAUCACAAUAUUUCAAGAGCUGUGUCAACAUAGAUUUGUAAAGCUGCAUUAUGAUAUUGGCAGUUUUCUUUUCAAUCCAUGUUCUAAUGAACCCUGAAACAGAAUUUGUCUUUUUCCUCAACCAGAGCUGCCACACACUGAGUCAGCACCUUCAUCAAGCUAUCCACCAUGACCCCCAGUUCGUACUGUAUAUGGGGACAUGACACAAAGUCUCCCUCUACACCACACACCUGUAACAAGUUCUAUUUUUUUGAGAAUGACUCACAGCCUAUCCCCUACAAAUUUACUUGGAAGGAAGCCCCACUGAGAGCAAUGGGUCUUCCUCCCUGGUAAAUGUGUCUACAAUUUCGAUCACCACCUGUUCCUUGCUUUUUCUUUUUCUUUUUCUUUUUUUGAAAAGAGAUUUUUAAAUCCAAACAAACUGAAUCUCCUUGUAGAAUUCACAAAAAUAGUUUAAAAGAGCCACCAUUUUUUCUCCCUGCCACGUUUAACCUAAAGGGGAAGUCAGAAUGGGAUGGUUUGAACCCAAUUAUGUUGACAACUAUUUAAUGCCUCGUCAUGCCGCCAGAACACUGGAAGAGAGCCUUAGGGACUCUCCAUAAAUUACCUCAUUAGGAGUGGAUCAUUACAUUUGUCCAACAGAGCCUGUGUUCGCUGCAUGAGAACAACACAGGGAAAUUUUGCAUAGGACACAUCUAGGUGUCCUGCUGCUUUGAUCAGACACUUUUUAUGCAUUGCUUGGGGAAAGACCUACCACAAUUAUCCCACCCCCACUGUAAAGAUGAACAGGUUUAAUGGAGGUGUGUGUGCGUGCCCAUGAACGUCUUUAGUUUUAUCAAGAGUUAUGUAACAUGGUUUAAUUGGGCCUCAUUUUUCCACGUACAGAGUUUGCAUCUCUUUUGCUGGUGGGGUUUCCUUUACCUAGGCUUGAUUGUGGUGUGGCCUUUGAGCAUGAUCAGAAUUUGAGAGAAGGCAUUUUGUCACCUUUGCAGAAUCAGACAUAGCUGGGAUUCAUGUCAAAAAGCAUUGCGUAUUUCAUUUCAUUGACUGUGUUGCCUACUCUGUCACAUGGCACAAAGUGGCUAAGAUGCAGCGCUUUUGUGACCGUGUAGAGAAUGGAGGCUAUGAUGAUGCUAUGAGGAGGGGUGGAAUCUGAGGCUAUUUAAAAGGGCUGUCAAAAGCCUCCUCCCUAAAUCUGUUCUGGGCCCCCCACUCCUGGGCUGACCUGUGCCAACCCAUGCCAACCCAAACCAUAUCUGGCCAGAAUUGAUUUGUGUUGGGAACUCCAAUGCUGGUCCUACUCAGAGUAGACCCACUGAAGUUAAUUGACCUGACAAACUUAGAUUCCUUACCUUCAGUGGGUCUAUUUGGAGUAGAACCUACUUGAACACAACUCACUGUUUUCUUACUGUGCAAUGUAUGCAUUGAUCAAUCCAGUCUAGCUCACACAAUUCAUUGGCUAAGUAGUCAGCCUGAUCAACCCUCUAAAUUCUGACAGCAUCCACAAGAAGAAAUGUGAAGAAAAAAUGGUUUGGAAAAGGAAAAUACUUAUCUGAGACAGGACAAUUCAGAAGAGGAAAAUUGAACUUUAGGUUUUCCCUUCACAUUCGUUUCAGUUCCAGGUGAUGCUUCCUAAUGUUUGCUAGCCUUUUUUUUUAUUCCAGCCUUUUAUUUUAUUUUCUAGGAAUUUCCUUUGGCAGCCAUCAGAGGACCCCAGUGCCGCUGCGGCUUCCCAACAAUUCAUUUCCCGUUACGCAACAGCUCAGACAGCUUAUUCUGUAGCAGGUUGCAAAAUGGCAGCAGCACGGCUGAAGAGCCAAAGAGGGGGGACUAUCUCUUUGUCUAUCAAACUCCUGUCCAAGGUAAGAGAGAGGUUGAAUAUAUAUAAUAACAAUAACUAUGUGCAGGGAGGUGCUGUGCAUCUUACACCCCAAGCAAUGAGGCAAGACACUUGCUGUUGGGUUAAGUAGUGCCAUAAUUUUAUUAAUGCAUAACAGGAGAAAUCUGCAGUGAAUACUGCAAGCUGUCCCAGGACAUUGGAUAAGGGUGAGCAGCCUUGCAACCGCCCACUGUUGCCUAGGAUGGUGUGUCUGACAGUGCCCUGAGUCUACGGACUCAGCUAAGCAGCUGCAAAUAAAACGUUUUAAAUGUGUUGUAAAGUGCCAUAUGCAAAUCGGACAGUAGAUUGCGACAGUGAGCUAUGCAAAAUUCAAUGUAUUUUUCAAAACUUUUUUUUUUAAAAAAAAAUUUUCACAGCGUUUUUUUAUAUGUGUGUAGAUUCCACCUAGCAUUUAAGAAUGGGGAAGAAAUUCAAUUCAGUUUGCAUUUAAAGGCAAACCUACCCAAUUCUCACUUUCUGAAAUGGCACACGAACUCUCUGAAAUGCACUCAUCUUUUGCAAUUUGCUCUUCUCCAGAUUUUUCAAUGCUGUUCUCCAACUAAGUAAUGUAUACAAAAAUGCAGAGACCAAAUUCAAGUUUAUUACCAAAAAUUCAACUUGCCUCAUGCUGGACUGACAUUGUUAUAUUAGAGAAAUUUACAGGGAAGGCCACAGUCAUCAAUGGCGUAUCAAAGACAGGCAAAUCUGAGGUGAAAUGGUUGGAUCUUAUAUCCUGUAUUAAUGAAAACCACUUGCAGCAGCACGUACUUACUGCCUCUCUUUUUGUAUGGAGCUUGUGAAUGACACCACACACACACACACACACACACACACAGGCUCAUCUGUAUUAUUACAUUUUCUCCUGCACACUGAAAUCGCCAACGUCCCUUUGUUUUUGCGUGUGUUUGUUGAGUAGUGGUCUUUUUGUUUGUAACUGUUUUUCUAUAUAUACAAAACCAAUUCAAAAAGACUCUAAAAAUGCACAAACUGAUGUAAAGUGUGCAUUAAACAACUAUAAGCCCAGACUAGACCUUAGCAGUCUACCUUCAAGAGAGGAGAAGCCUCUUUACAGGGGGUUGUAUCAAGCUUAGAUCCAUUAAAGUUAUUGUCAGGGAACUGGUCAGGGAGCUAGAAGCAGAGGGAAGGCUCUCAAAUGAUGCUGGAGAAGGGCCCAGCAGGGAGAGAGGCAGCUCCGCAGAUGGGGAAGCAAAUCAGCGCAACACCAGGGAUAAAGAGGGGCUGAUGGGGGAAUCGGCGAGAGGGCUCCAGGACUCUUAACCGGACACCAGUGGGGAGAGCACUGGUCCCCCGCUACCCACGCCCACCCUGCGCAGAAGACUUCCGCGCAGAGAGAGUAGGAGGAGACUGGGUGUCAAACAACUUUUAUGAUGGAAAAGAUUUAAGAAACGCCCACUGACGGAUUCUGCUAGCGACUGAGGCAGCCACGAAGUGAAGGGCUGCUCAGACUGAAAGGUUUAGCAAGGCAACAAAGCCUGGAGAGGCGGCAACUUACGCACGAGCAACCCAUACACAUUACAGUUAUGGAUCUAAGUAAGUCAUUUCAAUGGUUCUACCCUGAGGAGGACUAGCAUUGCAUACAACCUGGGCUCAUUGUCUGCUUCAACAACAGCAUAGGGGAGACUGGUUCUACUAGAUCUUCUGGGCUGGAGUCCUUAGAGCUGGAGGCAACCUCCUCAGGCCAGAAAGUGCUGGCUGUUGCUGUUCCAGAGGUUCUGGGGGCUGGUUCGGGAGCCAGGCCCUCAAAAUCCAUGGAUCAUCCUCUGAGGAGGCCUAUACUUUUAAACCAUGACCAGAAAUCAGGAGACAUAUGUGUAGAUGAACCUUAGGGGCUCAUCCUGAGGAGAAAUAUUGGAAAAAUUUCAAGGGAGACCAAAAGAGAGUCAAUAAGACUACUGAAAUGUAUUAAAGCUGUUCUACACUUCCCUUAACUAUUCACAAUGAACUGACAUUGAUUUUGACUGGGAUGAUAUGCCACAGGGAAAUCCAUCUCUCUCUUUCUCUCUCAUCUUGUGGUAAUGCAGAAUAUAUCCACUGCACUUGCAAUAUUGAUCUGCCCUUAAGGGAGAAAAAAAUUGCAAUACAGAUAGGCAAGACCAGCUUUGAGAAAUAAGAGUCAGGGAGUAUAUAUUCAAACAUGUCUGAUUUGGAUCUUUUCCUGGAGAAACCGCUAGCACAGACAAGUCUUAAGUAGAUAAUUAAGAGACAAACAUUAAGCGUGUCCAAAUCUAUCUUGCUGGUAGGCAGAAAAUCCUUUGUUUUAUGGUGAUAGAAAAGCUUAGCUGGAAUUCUAGGGCUGGAGGGGAUGAAAUUAUUAUGCCAUCCAACCCCCUGUUCCAAAAGCAAGACCACCAGCCUCAAUAGAUCAAGCUGUGCAGUCUUAACCACAACGCACCCCAAGCAGAUAGUUGAUCCUUUGUUAAAUAAAAUAAAAUAAACUCACAGAGCAAAUACUUAAUGCAAAAGAGCCAAGCCACAUAUAUUGUUGUGGUUGUUUUUUAAAAAAAGGUUUCCAGGGCAAAUAUGUUAAUUCAAUAGUCAUCUACUGUAGUGGAAAGCAAAACUAACAAAAGUGACAAGCCAAUCUGACCAGGGUUGUCAAGAGAUGAGUUAAAAAGGUACUCUGAAUUCUUUCUUUCUUUCUUUCUUUCUUUCUUUCUUUCUUUCUUUCUUUCUUUCAAAAACAAGCAAGUUUCUAGUCUUCCUAGAAGAAAAGAUAUGAAGCCAAAUGUCCUAUGCAACUUUUCAGAGAUGAAACCAACCUGCUACUCCAACCUUUCAUUGUCUUUAGCCAAUGCAUGAAGUCAGAACUGUAAUUAAAAAAUGAUUUCUUUGGAUGCUGGGUGAUAAGAAUCCCUUUGGUCCUAAAUAGCUGCUGUUCUCCCCUCUCCUUCAGUGCAACUUCUAUUCCUGCUUCUGUGAAACUGCAUUUGUUUGGGGCAGGGGGCAGGAAACCUUUUCAGCAGGGGGCCGGUCCACUGUCCCUCAGACCUUGUGGGGGGCCGGACUAUAUUUUUUGGGGGGAAAUGAACAAAUUCCUAUGCUCCACAAAUAACCCAGAGAUGCAUUUUAAAUAAAACGACACAUUCUACUCAUGUAAAAACAUGCUGAUUCCCGGACUGUCCGUCGGCCGGAUUUAGAAGGCAAUUGGACCAGACCCCAGGCCUUAGUUUGCCAACCCAUGGCUUAGUGUGCCUGUUUGUUUAUCAAGCUUAACUAACUGGUUUUUAUUUGUGUUUUGCUAUAAAAUACCAGGAGUUGAAUGCAGCUAUCAAAGCAUGGAGGGGGUGAUAUGCCUACCUUCCUGGCCUUAUGUCUCUCUGUGUGUUUUUCCUUAGUGACUCAUCACUUCUCUUUGACCAUGAGUGCUGUAUCUUUCUCUCUCUCUCUCUCUCUCUCUCUCUCUCUCUCUCUCUCUCUCUCCCACCCACACACCCACAAUUUUUAUUGGUUUUUAAACAAAUACAAAUGCAACUAUAAAACACUUAUCCAGCAGUACAGAUAAGUGUACUGUUGCUAGACAUACACAUACUUUCAACAUUCAAACAUAUUACUUGACAUAACCCCUCCACUGAGAAUAUUGAGUUGUUGAUGUAACAAGGUCUUUAUUUGGGCCAUCAACAUAGGUAAAGAAAGGGGUCCAUGUUUCUUGGAAGGUGUCUCUAACUUACAGAUGUUCAUUUUUAUUUUUGCCAUCUUUACUCUAAAAUUUCAAGGAUGUAGCAGUAGAAUGGAAUAACUGAAAUAUUAUCCAGCCUACUUUAGGAAAGUAAAGUAUGUGGGUGUGCUUGGUUAUUGCUAUUAUGCUCAACUUAUGGGGCAAUUAAUUGCUUUCCUACCCAUGGGGGGGAAUUGUGGUUUCUUCAGGGUGAGUUAUUGUUGCUGAUAUGCAUACUUAAAUUGGCAUCUGCAAGAAUCAAACAAAAGAGGGGUCAGGUAUGAGAUAUUAAUGGCCACACAACAGUUGAUCUUAGAAUACAUAGCUUGCUUUUUUUAGAAUUUAAAUCUUGAAUUUAUCAAAGUGCAACCAUGUGAAAAAUAAUUGUUGUAAAUCUCAACAAUUCUCUCACUUUGUGUGUGUAUUUGUUGGGGGGGGGAGAUUACUUUGCUAACAAUGAAAUGCCAUCUGUAUCUGGUUGUAGACACCCGCUGCACUGACCGGAUGUUUCUCCCCACCAAAUCCAAAGCUUUUGUGGCAUUGUCAAGCUUCCCUGGAGCUGGCAACACCUGGGCUCGUCAUUUGAUAGAACACGCUACAGGAUUCUACACCGGGAGCUACUAUUUUGAUGGAACCCUAUAUAAUAAAGGUAGGCUAUUGAGCUGUGCCUGUCUUGUUUGUUUGUUUGUUUUUAAGAACAAGCACACUGCCAGCUUUGGGCCCUGACUGUUUUUUUCUAAAAGUGGGUUCACUGAACAGGGGGAGGAAAGGGGUGUGUGCCACAUUAGAUCAGAACAAUGUAGUAGUAGGAUUCAUGAUGGGGUGGGUAGGAAGAAGAAGAAGAAGGGGAGGAGGAGGAGGAGUUUGGAUUUGAUAUCCUGCUUUAUCACUACCCGAAGGAGUCUCAAAGCAGCUAACAUUCUCCUUUCCCUUCCUCUCCCACAACAAACACUCUGUGAGGUGAGUGGGGCUGAGAGACUUCAGAGAAGUGUGACUAGCCCAAGGUCACCCAGCAGUUGCAUUUGGAGGAGUGGGGAAGCGAACCCGGUUCACCAGAUUACAAGUCCACCGCUCUUAACCACUACACCACACUGGCUCUGUGUGUAGAGGUUACCAGAAGGUGAGGGAGAAGGGGUGGGGAGGGAAAAGGGGAGUGUACCAAGGAUACAAAAAGACAGACAGGGGCACAUGGGCAAGUUGGGGAGAGAAGGGUCCCAAACAAGGAAAUAGUGGAAGUGUACCAAAGAGGACAUUGCUAUUAGGGCCAUGACAAAAUUGUAAUGGUUGGUCUGCUUACAGUGUUUGAGAGAUAUAUUUUGGUGUUUAGAUCAUAUCUAUCUAUCUAUCUAUCUAUCCACACAAACACACACUUUAUAUACAUACACACAGGUUUUAAAGGGGAAAAGGAUCACUGGAGAAGCAGGAGAACUAUUUGUGUCAAAACUCACGAGAGUGGCCAAAAAGAAAUUGAAAUGUUUGAUUCGGCCAUCUUAUUGAUACGGAAUCCAUACAAGUCGCUGGUGGCAGAAUUCAACCGGAAGUGUGCAGGCCAUCUCGGGUAUGCCACAGAUCGCAACUGGAAAAGCAAAGGUAAGUGAACUCUAAGCCAUUACUUUCUGACUUCAUGUCAGAGAGAGAUUUAACGAAACAUGCUACACUCCUGUUUUCUUUAUUUGUCAAAAUAAUAGACUGUUUCAAAGCAUAAAGCCAUCAAAGUAGCAUAUAAGAGAAAAAGAGAAUAAAACACCCAGUUCUAAAACAAACAAACAGUAACACGGAGUCAUUGAAUUGUACAGAGUUGGAAGGAACAUCAUUUCAAGGAUGCUAAUUCUAAAAAAACAAUAAAACAGUUUAUGUAGGUAUAUAACUGAUACUCCAUAAAUGACUAGGUUUCUCAGGGAAAGAAUUCUUAAACCAAAGCAUCUUCAGUAGGUAUCUAAACACCAUGAUUUCAGGUGCGUGUUUCAUUUCAGCUAGCAAUUGAUUCCAUAGAGUUGGAGCUGCUGCACUAAAAGCUCAGUUUCUAGUACAAGCUCAGCACAUGUGGGAUGCUCAGUAGUGAGAGGUAUAGUUGCUGGGCAAUGAUACAUGGGGUGAAGUGGUUCUUUAGAUACUCUGGUCCCAAAUGAACAUUUAUUCAUGUUGGAGGAACAUCUACUACCGUUUUUUUCAAGCAGAAAAGUUCCUUGUUCUGUCUCUGGCAUCACCACUUGUAAGGAUCAGGGCUACAUCUGCACCAUACACCAUAGCUGUCAACGUUUCCCUUUUUUAAAGGGAAAUUCCCUUAUUCCGAAUAGGAUUCCUUGCAAGAAAAGGGAAAAGUUGACAGCUAUGCCAUACACCUAAAGUGUUACGAUAUCCCUCUAAGAGUCAUGGCUUCCCCCCAAAGAAUCCUUUGGAACUGCUGAGAGUUAUUAGGAGACAGAGCUGCAAUUCCCCAAAUGGUUUAACAACCAAUCCUUCUUGCCAGGAAACACUGGGAAUUGUAGCUCUGUGAGGGGCAGAGCUUAAUGAACUACAGUUCCCAACAUUCUUUGGGGGAAGCCAUGACCGUUUAAAGUGGUGUGAUAGUGGUAUAAUGUAAAGGUAAAGGGACCCCUGGUCAUUAGGUCCAGUUGUGGCCGACUCUGGGGUUGCGACGCUCAUCUCGCUUUAUUGGCCGAGGGAGCCGGCGUACAGCUUCCGGGUCAUGUGGCCAGCAUGACUAAGCUGCUUCUGGCGAACCAGAGCAGGGCACGGAAACACUGUUUACCUUCCCACUGGAGCGGUACCUAUUUAUCUAUUUGCACUUUGACAUGCUUUCGAACUGCUAGGUGGGCAGGAGCAGGGACUGAGCAACGGGAGCUCACCCCGUCACAGGGAUUUGAACCGCCGACCUUCUGAUCCGCAAGCCCUAGGCUCUGUGGUUUAACCCACAACGCCACCCAUGUCCCAGUGGUAUAAUGUAUUAAGCAUUAAAUGUGCAGAUUGGGCCUAAGUGAACUAAUACUUUUCAGAAGAGAGCUUUCUAAGAAAAGAAGACUCUUCACCUCCUACCCCUCAAGAAUUUUCAAGCAACCUUCCCCUCAAUUUUGCAACACACAAAUAGCACUAACAGAAAGGGGUUAUCUGCUUCUGAUAUCAUUUUAAAGCAGUCUUUCUUUGCCAUCCUUUUUCUAUUUAGCAACAGCUAGGUUUGAAAACAGCUAAGUCAAUAUCCUUUCUUUUGUCUUUCACUUUGCAGAGUGGCCAGAUUUUGUAAACAGCUAUGCUUCCUGGUGGGCUUCCCAUGUGUUGGACUGGCUCAAAUAUGGCAAACGUCUCCUUGUCAUCCACUACGAAGACUUGAAGCAGGCCCUGCUCCCUAAUCUGAAAGAAAUGGUCAGAUUCCUGAACAUCACAGUGACGGAGGACCGCUUGCUCUGUGUUGAGAACAACCGAGAUGGGAACUUCAAGCGGUCAGGAGCCAGGCAGAAGGGAUUUGAUCCAUUCACAGAGGAGAUGAAAAACAUGAUCAAUAAAUACAUUAUGAUGGUGGACAAAGCCCUGAGAGAGAGAAACUUUAUCGGGCUUCCAAAAGAGUAUUUGCCCAGAUGA